GGGGAGUCGCGGUUGCCGUGGUAACACUGCUUUAAACUCAAGCAGAAAUGAGACUGAAGCGGCUUAACAUUCGCUACUAUCCUCCAGGUUUGAUUUUGGAGUAUGAGAAAAAAGGACAGGAGAAAAGCAGAUGUAUCGACCUGCUGCACUUAACACCAAACACUGAUGUAAGUGAGUUGUUAUCAGAAAUUAAAAGAAUCGAACCUUUAAUCACUGACUCCCGCACUGAUCAGGUGAAAGCAAUGAUUGAAAGGUUACAGGAAAAACUCAGCCAACCAGAUGAGCGCCACUUCUACCUGUUUAAGGUGCUUCAGUCCCACAUCCUGCCUCUUACCAAUGUCGCCUUCAAUAAAUCAGGGUCGAGUUUUAUAACCGGGAGCUAUGACAGGACAUGUAAAAUAUGGGACACUAUGUCUGGAGAGGAACUGCACACACUGGAGGGGCACAGAAAUGUAGUUUAUGCCAUUGCAUUUAAUAAUCCAUAUGGAGAUAAAAUAGCUACAGGCUCCUUCGAUAAGACCUGCAAAUUAUGGAGUGUUGAAUCUGGAAAGUGUUUCUACACAUUUAGAGGACACACAGCAGAAAUCGUUUGUGUAACCUUCAACCCCCAGAGUACCCUUGUUGCCACAGGUAGCAUGGACACUACAGCUAAAUUAUGGGAUGUAGAGAGUGGUAAAGAGGUUUCAACUCUAGCAGGUCAUUCUGCCGAAAUAAUCUCUCUUUCCUUCAACACAGUUGGGAAUCGUUUAGUCACUGGGUCGUUUGAUCACACGGUCACACUGUGGGAUGUACCAUCAGGGAGGAGAAUACACACCUUGAUAGGGCACAGGGGUGAAAUCAGUAGUGUGCACUUCAACUGGAACUGUUCCCUCAUUGUUUCUGCCUCUAUGGAUAAAAGCUGCAAGGUGUGGGAUGCUGAAAAUGGCCAGUGUUUGGCGACUUUAAUUGGUCAUGAUGAUGAGGUGCUUGAUGUUUGCUUUAAUUAUACCGGUCAGCUCAUUGCAACGGCUUCUGCUGAUGGUACAUCCAGGGUGUAUAAUUCAGAAACCUUCCAGUGUGUAUGCAAACUUGAUGGUCAUGAAGGAGAGAUAUCUAAGGUGUGCUUUAACCCGCAGGGGACACGUGUAUUAACAGGGAGUGCAGAUAGGACAGCACGUGUGUGGUGUGUGAAGUCUGGCUCAUGCUUGCAGGUGUUGGAGGGUCACACUGAUGAGAUCUUCUCCUGCGCCUUCAACUAUGAAGGAGACACCAUCAUUACAGGCAGUAAAGAUAAUACCUGUCGGAUAUGGCGUUAAGACUUGUACACGAAGAGGGCAACCUUCAGUAUUAUCUCACCCACAACACACAAAUAUAUUGUUCGAUUUAGCCUUCUGAGUUGCAUGUAAAGGUCGACGUGAAGUGCAGAGAACCUACUCAGACACAGACACAUAUAUUAUAUGGACAAAAGUACAGACACCAGCCAUAUGUGGAUAUUCCCCAAACUGUUACAAGAUUGAAGGCACACAUUGUGCAGGAUGUCUUUGGAUGUGGUAGAAAUAAAUCUUCUCUUCACGUGAACUAGGAGACUUGAACCUGUUACAGCAUGACACUGUCCCUGUUCACAAAGCAAUCUUUAUCAAGACAUAGGUUGGAGUGGAAGAUCUUUAUUAACCUACUAUAGAACUUUGACCUCAAUACUUUUUUGAACACCUUUGGGAUAAAUUGAAACACUAACUGCAACCUAGGCCUAGUCACCCUACAUCCUACAAUAAUUGACUUUAUUAACACCCUUGUGGUUGAAUGAGCACAACCUUUUAUAACUAUACUCCUAAAACUAUAUACUAAAUCUAAAUCUUCCCAGAAGAGUGAAGCUUGUUAUAACAGCAAAUGUGGAAUCGGAUGUUCAAAAACCACAUACAAAUCUUAUGGUCAGGUGUCUACAAACUUUUGUCCAUAUAUUGUACAUGCACACUGUGUAAGAAAAUUUUGUAUAAAUGUGAUGCCAUACAGCUCAUUAAAACAUUAUCACACCUAUGCACUAGGAGCCUGCCAACCACCAGUAGUGUGAUAUAUGUAAUUACUAGGUUUAAAUAAAUAAAAAAUAUUAUAGAUUUUAAGGAAAACUUUAAAUUUUUAAAUAAUUAAAAAAGGAUCUUGGCAAUUUUUCUAUCUCUAAGAAACUAGUUAGUUUCUUAAUAUACUUUAGAGACUCCUGGUGGGAAGCAAUGAGCUAAAUGAAAUCUGUCAGUCCCAAAAGUAUGGGUAUCUUAAGGUGAGUUUGAAAUAGAGUUGCCUUGGUACCUUACUCUUCAAAAAAUCUUAUAUAGCCAGGCAUUGAGACAUGCUUUAAAGGCAACAUAUGUCAACACAUUGCCUGGAUGCUGACAUACUUUAAUAGACACUAACUCAGAAUGGUUUGAGCUGACAGGAAGUCUAUAGUAAAUCAAAUAACUCUUUACAACCAUUAAAAAAAGAUGUCUGGGAAAAAAAAAACAACAACAACAGCAUUGCUGCCACAGCCGAAGUCACAAGAUCAUCGACAUGGUUUUAUUCAUUGCAUUGCUGCCACAUGAUUGGCUGAUUGGAAAAUUGGUAACAUGUUAAAAGGCUUUGGUGCAUAUAAUUCUUUACUACUUUAUUGCUGUAGUGUUUAGAUCCUCGUUUGUUUUCUAGAUGUUCUACUUUAUGUAGAUGUUCUACUUCAUUCUAAUUAAUAUAAAAUUUACCUGGUCUCCUAGAUCUGUUGUGUAUAAUAAAGGUGUGGACAAAGAAAAAA